AAAAUUCACCAGCGACCUGUUUCAAGUCCCCCCAAUAGAAACUGUGCCUGAUUUGUGGCCAAUGUUGGAGAUGUAAAAAAAAGGGAGAGAGGAGAAGAGGAGGGGGAGGGCAAACACUAAAGGGGGUAGCUAUGGAGAUCGAGCGUUUUCCUGGCUGCUUUCUUUGACAGGUGUUGAGUGGGGUAAAAGUCUUAAAACAGAGUCCAGCAUGUACGCCAAAGGUAAAGGAGCUGUCGUCCCUUCCGAUAGCCAAGCGCGAGAAAAGUUAGCUUUAUAUGUGUAUGAGUACUUGCUACACGUUGGCGCACAGAAAUCGGCACAGACCUUCCUGUCAGAGAUCCGAUGGGAGAAGAAUAUCACAUUAGGAGAGCCUCCUGGAUUCCUGCACUCAUGGUGGUGUGUAUUCUGGGAUCUGUACUGCGCAGCUCCAGAUCGACGGGAGACAUGUGAACAUUCCAGUGAGGCCAAAGCUUUCCACGACUAUAGUGCAGCAGCAGCCCCCAGUCCUGUGAUGGGCAACAUGCCGCCCAACGACGGCAUGCCAGGUGGACCAAUGCCUCCCGGCUUCUUUCAAGGCCCACCUGGAUCACAACCAUCUCCACAUGCACAGCCCCCGCCACACAACCCUAACAACCCCAUGAUGGGUCCACACGGCCAGCCUUUCAUGUCUCCACGGUACCCAGGUGGACCCCGCCCAUCACUCCGCAUGCCAAAUCAGCCUCCAGUUGGAGUCCCAGGGUCACAGCCACUCCUGCCAAACAGUUUGGACCCCACCAGACCGCAAGGACAUCCGAACAUGGGUGGCCCAAUGAGGAUGAAUCCACCUAGGGGAAUGGGCGGCAUGGGCCCACAGAACUAUGGUGGUGGAAUGAGACCUCCUCCAAACUCUCUUGGUGGUCCCGGUAUGCCUGGCAUGAACAUGGGUCCGGGAGGUCGAGGGCCUUGGCCUAACCCUAACGCAAACUCGAUAGCAUACUCGUCUUCAUCACCAGGAAAUUACGUGGUAAGAUUUUGUUGUCGCUUUUUGUCCGCUUUCCUUUGUUCUGAAAUGAGCUUUCUUGAGAAUUCAUUUUCCGUUCUCAUCACGCAGGGGCCGCCAGGAGGUGGUGGACCUCCGGGAACUCCCAUCAUGCCAAGCCCAGGAGACUCAACGAAUUCCAGUGAAAACAUCUACACAAUGAUGAACCCUAUUGGCCCUGGUGGCAACAGACCGAAUUUCCCAAUGGGUCCCGGGCCUGAUGGUCCAAUGGGUGGAAUGGGAUCGAUGGAGCCACACCAUAUGAACGGGUCUUUAGGCUCGGGUGAUAUGGAUGGGUUGCCAAAGAACUCUCCGAACAACAUGGCAGGUAUGAACAACCCCCCAGGAACCCCACGGGAUGACGGGGAGAUGACGGGCAACUUUUUAAACCCAUUCCAAAGUGAAAGUUAUUCACCCAACAUGACGAUGAGUGUGUGAUUUUUCUUUUUAUUUUGUUUUUUAUUUUAUUUUUUAUUUUUUUAACCCCUCCUUCCCGUCCCCUCUGCUGCGUCCGGCAUUUUUUAUUUUGCUCGAUCAUUACUACACUUUCCUCCGCGGUGGCCCCCCCUAGCCGGUCGGCAUGGCCGCGGACCGAAGGACUCACGGUAGAACCACCCAGUACAAAGCUGGCAUGAUGACGUCGACUGGAAGAAAGCACGGGAAUAGCUUUCUCGCGGACUCUACCUGCUUCGUCACCGGUUUGGGACAAUAAAGGUCCCUGAUGAAACCACCGCACGUGUGUGUUUGUAUGUGUGUGUGUGUGUAUAUGUGGGACUGUGCCAGGAGACGUUAAAACGCUGCUCAUCAGCAUUGAGACUGGUGGCUUUACUUCGAACCUGUUUUAUUGUUUUUUUUGUUUUGUUUUUUCGGCAAUCGAACACUGAGGCGAGAGAAAACACUCCCGCUGUUUGAUUGCUGUGUACAUUUUGAAACGCUGAACUGGUGAUACGCUAAUAAGGGCAGGAAUGGUCUCAUUACAAUAUAUUUGUAUAUUAUUGAUAAUAUUAUUGUUAUAAUUUUCAUAAGUGAUAUUGCUACGAUGUACUCAUAAUUUUAUCCUGUAAAGGGCACACUUGUACUCAACAACAUCAAUGACAGAAUAAGCACACAUUCAAAAAUGCACAAUGACACUUCUGUUUACAUGAUUUUAGGUAUUUUGUCUAUUUGUUUUAGUUGUUUUGUCAAAUGUCUCUUUUUGCAUAUACCUCUUUGUUUGUUCUUAGAAAUGAUGUCAUCAUCACUACAAAAAGAAAAAUGAAAAAAGUACCAAGAUGUUCAACCUCAGUUUGUAUCUGUCAACAAAGUGGCUUGUCAUUGAUUACAAUCACUGGUUUAAUACACCUGUAUGGCACUGUAUUUAAAAAUUGGAUUGUGUUUCAAAUUUUUUUAAUGCAUCAUCCUUAUUUGGGCCUAAAGGGCUACAUUGCAUUCACUGCCAUUGCAUAUUUCAUCAUCCUUGCCUGGAUCACAAACGGUCAGGAUCUAAACGAAUACAUUUUACCAUCCGUUCCAGAUCAUUUGCUGCCUAUAGUCUGUUGUGAUAUCUCCACUAUGUGUUUGCCACAUUGUUUUGCAAAUCUUUUAGGAUAUUACCCAUGUGUUUGUAAUAGUAGUUGGAAUAUGCAGACUGCUCUUACAAGCACAAGUUUUCUUGUGCUCUAUAGUCCCAUGUCUGUAAAUAUAACCGUUUGGUCAUGGACCUUAUUGGUAUUUUCAAUACACUACUUGUCUGUGAA